AUGCUUCAAAGCCCUAUCGCAACAUCACGAAUGUUUUCCUCAAAAUGUUCACAAAAUAAGUCAGACAACCUUGAUAAAAAGGAAGGGAAAAACUCUUUAGAGAAAAAGACCUUGAGGGCUCCUCGUGUCUUCAAGGGUAAGGAUGACGAUGCGCACGUCGUGAUCAACUCGAAAGAUCAAAAUCUGAAGCCGCAUUUAAUUCAAACCACAUCAAACAACGGUAUCUUACCUAAUCAUAAACCAUUGACAGGGAUGGAAAAUGGAGUUCAGCCCGUGAUGACGAGCACAUCGCGAGUGAUGAAUCCACCCCCAACGAAAAAAAACGAACCAAACAAUGACUUAACGUUAGCAAACGUGCAAACGCUCACGCGCUCUUUGAAAGGCAGUCAUUACCUUGAAAACUGCAAUACCGACAUUUUGGAUACUCCCCUGAGCAAACAAAAUAAAAUGAUCCAUCAAAAAAUUUUCGAAACCGUUGAUCGCACCGUCAUCGAGGAUACGGCGUGCAUCAGCUACCCUUUGCAUACUUUUGAGGCCAUCCCGGAUUCCUUCGUGCGCUCUUUCCGGGCGCAUCGCCAGCUCCAGAUAUGCCGAUCCAUCAAAGAAAAGUACAACAUGAUCAAAAUGAUCAAAUAUCUGGAGGAAAUCAUGCGGUUGGAGAUCCUUGGGCAGGUUUUUUAUUUCCGCGUCGAGCUUGAACCGUUGGCGGCCGACCCCAGCCCGAACGGGGCGCGCCAGGGCGCCCGACGCCGCCUGCAAGCGGAAGUCUUUGGCCGUCUUAAGCAUCUAUUGACGGAGUUCGCCGUCAAUUUUCUCGAAGUGCGGGAGGGCGAGGUGGCUUGCGAUGUUUCCCACUACACGUCCUUUGCCAGGAUUGUGAAGGCCUGCCAAACCAACGUCGCGCAGUUCUCGCGGGAUGUGCAUUGCGUGUUGAAGUCCACCCCGUUAGAUCCCAACGGGGUCGUCGGGGAGACGCCCAAGGAAUCGAUCCUUCCACUUUCAAUCGAAGAGGUCGCAAAAGAGGUUGGGGUGCGCAUUAAUAAAGAAAUUAUUCACCCCUUGCUAUCACGUUAUAAAGGAAAGGGGGAGAAGGAGGAGGACGCGCGUGCUGUUAGGGUUUUUUUUGGCAUCGGCCCAACACCCGUCUUGGCGAAGAUCGCCUGCGAUGCGGAGAUCGCCACCUGGCGACGCCAGCACCCGACCCACGGCGAAUCCCCCCCCCCACGCGAUCCUCAAAGUCAAGGGCAUCCAAAGAAAUGGAUUCGACGGACAAGGUCGUGGUGCGCGUUCGCUCCUUGUAUUCUCAUUUUAAAACCAUCGAAGACGGUAAGAAAUUUAUGGCGAAUUUUCGCCUGGCGCAGGUCCCGACUUUUACACCCGCCUUCGUGCGGUUUCUAUCUGAGGUCUACGGCAUCGAAACGUGUGGGGAUAUCUUUGAAAAACGCCAUGAACUUCACUUCAGCCUCUGCAAGGAAACCUUCAAACUUUGCUACUGUACGGCUUUCGGUCGGAUGCGAUUCCCCGAGGAGGAGCAGGUGA